AUGGAGGAGCCACGAUCGCAAGACGAGACUCCGUCCCUGCCGGUCCGCGCUGCAUCGCCCUCUCCAUCCGUUCCCGCGACGCCUGCGAUUUCUUCCUACUCCUCUCCGGAUCGCACAUUUUCUUCCGUUUCAUCCCAUUCCGCUUCCUCCGCAACCUCGGCAGACGCUCGUUCUACAAUCUCAACCUCCUCUCGCAGACAUGGAUAUGUGCGUGCCUGUGGAGCCGAGUUCGCCGAUUCGGCGCGGCAUCGCGAUAGUGUCAUGAGCCUGGGCAGUAUUGCCCACCUGCAGUACUACUUUGCCCGAACGGGGUUGCUUGAAGGCAAGACGGGGCGGGGAAAAGAGUAUAAGAAGAGGACCAAAGAGAAUGUACCGCGGGUGCUCAUCACGCCGAACGAGCAGCAUCAUGAGGAGCUGGUCACCAGCCCCACGCAGAUGGCCGAUUCGGCUGGAGAGGAGGCCGGGUUUGAGGAUGAGGAAGGGGAGGCGAUGCUUCCUCCUACCGUGAGCACGUACAGCAUCAAGACGCACCAUGUCCCGCCCCCACCCGACGUGGUCUCGAUGCGCCGCGAUCUGCAAACGGCACUGGACCGCGCCGAGAGUAAUCUUGAAGCGAUCGAAAAUGGACUGCAACCCCCACCCCGCGCGCCCAUUCGCAAUAGUCUCUCGCCGGGAGAUGUCCCGGAGGCGUCCGAUGACGAGACUGCGCGGGAAACAUCACCGCCGCAGACCAAGGAGGAAGCCCAGGGCAUGUGUAUCUUGGAUGAUGUGACGAUGGCCAUUCGCGCGGCCAAGAUUUACUACACAGCCCAUCCACAUCCUGACCGCCUGGGUUCAAUUAAGAGCGAAAGGGAGAUUCGCAAGGACCUGCUGCAUGUGCUGGACGUGCUGAAGAGAUGGGCGCAACGGCAUUUUGCUGGCGGGUUCCGCGACGAGGAGCGGGAUGUGGUGAAGGGAUGGAUCGAGGGGGUUCGCACCAUGCUGGUGCGUGAAAAGGCCUUGGAGGACUUGGAAGCCCAGGAGCGCGAUAACUGGGACUGGGCCCGGGGCGACUGGGCCGGACGAGAGCGCGCUCGGGAAGAGUCCUUUCUCCGCAGUCUGAUGCCGGACGGGCAUUCGUUGCCCGAAUGGACCGCCAUUGACGAGACUCCUCUGGAAGACCUCCCCUUACCGUUCCUGGAACGGUUCCGAGACGGACGGGUGCUGGUUCAAUUACACAAUAUCGCCGUGAAAAAGUCCAAGCGUCAUUUUGGCGAGAUCAAAACCUACCACGAGGAUGUCGCGAAACCGUAUCGCCAGGCGGAUAAUCUGCGAUUCUGGCUCAAGGCGGCCGAGCUGCGGUGGGAGAUGCGCAAGGAGGUUGAUGUCAUGGGCGUGGUGCAGAACACCAGUGAGCUUGCAUGGAGGCAGUUUGACGCCGCGCUGCUGGCCUGGUGUAAGACGGUGAGAGAGGAGCUUGUCCGAGACUGGAUGGAGGCCAAUCCUGGCCGGCCGCCCAGUGCCGGUCUGAUUUGA